GAAUAAAGAAAAAAAACAGCAUGGCUUUGAAAAUCUCUGCAACAUCAGUUUUUGUUUCUUCUAAAGAGAAAUCGUCGCUACGACAAGCGAGCUCCUACUCAAAUUCGAAGCUUUGGAGAUAUAUCGCGGUGAAGGCAGUCGGUGGAAUAAGACCAAAACAGAGCAAACAGAGACGUCCUCAGAACGUGGACGGAGACUUCUUUGUAGACCAUACUUGCAUAGACUGUGAUACUUGUCGUUGGAUGGCUCCGCAAAUCUUCACAAGAGUUGAUGAGAUGUCUGCGGUAUAUAGACAACCAACUUGUGCAGAGGAACGGGGAAAUGCUCUUCAGGCCUUACUCUCUUGUCCAACAAGCUCAAUUCGUACAGAAAAGCCACCUUCUGAUAUUGUCAAAGCUCAGCAGACAUUCCCCUUGCCGAUAGAUGAGCAGGGAAUUCCGGGUGUAUACCAUUGUGGUUUUCAUUCAGAGAAAUCAUACGGAGCAGCAUCCUACUUGGUUGUUCAUCCUGAAGGAAACAUAAUUAUAGAUAGCCCUAGGUACACAGAGAGUCUUGCACGUAAUAUCGAGAAGCUCGGUGGAGCACGCUACAUGUUUUUGACACACAAGGAUGACAUUGCAGAUCACUAUAAAUGGUCCAAGAGGUUAAGUUGUGACAGGAUUCUGCACUCCCAAGAAGUUCAACUCUCCACUGCUGAUGUAGAAAUUAAGCUAGAGGGGAUUGGCCCAUGGAACCUUAGUCAGGACAUUCAGCUUAUACAUACUCCAGGCCACACAGAAGGAUCGGUCUGCUUGUUCUACAAGUCACUUAAGAUUUUGUUCACUGGUGACCACCUUGCAAUGACAGAAUCGGGACUGAGCAUCGGCGAGAAGUACAACCAGUGUUCUGUUCUGAUGCAGCUGAAUAGUGUUAGAGCAUUGAUGGACUUGGACUUCAAGUGGAUAAUUCCAGGUCAUGGACGGAGAAUCGAGUUUAAAGAUUACUUGGAGAAAAAUUUGAAUUUGGAAGACUUUUUACUAAAGCACAGUCAGUAUGAUCACUAAAGAAUGAAAUAGCAUAAUCAGCAUAAAUAAACUACAAAUACAUGCAGUAUGCCUAAACAGAAGUAUGUUUAUUUUGUACUCUGAAACUGGUGUUGAUGAAUCAUAUUUUUGAAUUCGUUGGGAGUUUUGGAUCUUAUUUGUACCUUCAUGCAAAUCAGGAUGCAAAGUCGGGAACUGGCUUAAAUUUUACACUUCCAAACUGGUCAAGCCAAGGGAUACCUUUCAUUAA